AUGUCACGACGCCUCAUGAACAUCUCAGGAACCUUCAACGUCCUGAGACUGUUCUACAAUCCAUCACUGUGCCUCCCACAUCAUACUGUCUCGACCUUCGAUCAACUGCCAACGCCACUUUCCAAGGCAUUUCCAACCAGGAAUGGCGAGAAGAAACCAGAUAUCCGAGCGGUAGUCUUGGACAAAGACAACUGCUUUGCCGUUCCUCGCCAGAAUCAUGUCAGCGCUCAGAACGUGUCUACUCUGGAAGAGCUGAAGAAGGCCUACCCUGGCUCUCGCCUCCUGAUUGUGUCCAACUCAGCUGGCACGAACUCUGACCCAGGAUACGCAGAAGCCGAGCUUCUGGAACGGAAUACUGGAGUGAAAGUCCUACGGCAUACGACUAAGAAGCCUGGCUGUCAUGGCGAAAUCAUGGACUACUUUCGAGCUGCGCCUGAUGCUGGUGUAACUUCGGCUUCGCAGGUGGCGGUGGUGGGAGACAGGCUGUUUACAGAUGUGCUAAUGGCAAACAUGAUGGGUGCUCAUGGGGUCUGGGUCAAAGAUGGCGUUGUGCCUGACUAUGGUCUGCUAUCGAGAUUUGAGAAAGGUCUCGAGGCGUUCCUGACCCGCAGAGGCUACGUAGCACCGGAACCGAAGAGCCAAUUCGAGUGA